AUGGCGAACGAGCACCAUCACAUUGGGAGAACAGGUGCAGCGGGCACGAGCAUAAUACCCACUACCCUCACCACAACGCCACCCACAAUGUCUGCAGAAGAGGAAGUACCGGCCGACGUCGAUGAGCCUCCUGAACAAGGGCGCACUCCACGACCGGCACCGCUGAAGAUUCAGCCCUCGUCGACAUCAUCCUUCACCAAGAUUUCGAAACCAGCCAUAGACCGCAAAACUUCUCUCUUGACCACCGCCUUGAAAUCCGCCUCGAACACGAGCUCGCCUGUCGACGACCACUCCGACAGGGAUCCGCCUCGCGGCAUGUCGUGCAUCUCCACGUGGAGCAACAGCACCAUUUCGACCACUGAUCUGACGAGUGACGGAGGCUUGACAAGUCCAGGCACAAGGACGUGCACCCCGAGCCCACCACUACCCUCCACCAUGAUCCACACCAUGCUGCCGCCCUUUACAAAGAAGCCCUCCGAGCAGCGUAUUACCUUUGUUGGCCAGGAACACGAUACCGCUGCACCACCCAAGACGGCACCAUCCGUUGGUGAGCAGGGAGUCGAGGCAACCUUGGGCAGGAAGAGGCGCAUCAUGUUUGCUUGCGGCGGCAACAAAGAAGAGAAGAAGCCAGUGGAGGCACCCGUGAAGCCAGCGACACCCCCGCCCACACAAGAACCGCCCAAGCGUGCUUGCACCAUCAAGUUCGCCUGCCCCACCAAAGUCUCUACAGAGGCUCCCUCGAGACCCAAGGCCCAGCGCCGUGCGGCAAGCCCAGCGCCAGUGGCACGUGGGAUACCUUCGUCACCGAAGCCAUCCCCAAGAGCCCACCGUGACUCGGACUCGACCGUUCGCAACAAUUCUCCCAUCAGUGUCCGCAAGGUAUCCAUCGUCGACCGAACCCGUCGCUUGAGCCAGAACGCGGACCUCGCCCACACAGAAGCCUACCGUUUCCACGAGUUCGCAAGCUCAGAGGAAGAGGUCGAAGAAUGGACGCAAGAGGUCACAUGCCACCGAAAUCGACUUACCAUUGGCGACACGCUCAGAGUGGAAAACAACCUCCGUCAACUAGUAGAAGAGGUCGAAGAAGAGGCCCUGGAAGACGAUGAGGACGAUGAGGAUGAUGCAGCAGAUGAUGAAGAUGACGACGACGACGACGACGAUGAUGAUGAUGAUGAUGACGAUGAUGACGAUGACGCCGACGACGAGAAUAACAGCGACGCGUACAGCGAUGCUACCGAUGAAGGCUUCCAAACAGACGACGAAGAAGGUUUCGCAGUCUCGGACGACGAGAGCGACGUAGGAUCUGAUUACAACUGGUGGGCCCCAGGAGCUUCGACUGCAGCCACGUCCGUCGAUCAUAUUGGUAAUCUUCGACCCAAAAACCACCGCACUGUUUCCGAGUCGUCGAUUGGUUCUCUCGAGAGCCGGAAAAACGGACUCAAAAUGUUUGAGCGAGAGGACGGUCAGCGUGCAGAGGGUCCGUCAGGCCCAUCGGUCAGGCGCAAAAAAUCAAAGCCGGUGAACAUCCGCAUACCAAGCCCAGAGCUUCCCGACAGCACCGACUUCGUUUGCGGAACCCUCGAUGAGGAUCGACCAGCAGAGGAGGCUUACAUAUCGAAUCUGGAACGUCGCCGCGCAGCCAAGCACAAGCCGGCACCCCAGGACAUUGACCCCAGCUUCCCAGCUUCUGAUCCUGAGCUGGUUGAUGAAGACGAGGAGGACGAGGUGGACGACAUUGAGAACCCUUCCGAAAGCGACAAUUACUUCAUGAUGCACGGACGAAUGGACCUCAUCGACGGUGCACCACGUGGACGUCGCAGGGACACUCUAAAGCAGCGCUCUCCUCCAGCAAACUCACCGAAACGAUUCCGUUCACCUCCACCAGCCAAGCGCGCUGUGCACCGAUCCCCUCCGCCUGCCAAGCGUGCAGUCCAUCGCUCCCCACCUCCCGCUAAACGUGCGGUUCAUCGAUCUCCGCCCCCACCCACUAAGAGGCUCAAUCACCGUUCUCCACCUCCGUCGAGCAAAAAGGCUGUACAUCGCUCCCCACCACCUCCGCGUGCGCUGUUUGGCAAAUCACCAGUACGCGCACGCUCCCCUGCGCCAGUUCGCCUUCAUUCGCCACCUCCGUCUCGUCACGGCACUGCCAACGUUCUGGCAUCACGACAGCGCUCUGCAAUGUCGAUCAAGUUUGGUGGUAUCGGCGAGCGACCAGCUUUGACAGUGUCGGCGUCCCUGCCCCGCACGCCCAUCACCGCCCACCACAACCCUCUCGAGUACGACGAAGAAGAGACGAGCACAAACGACAUGCCAGUUCGUCGUGCCAUCGACAUCCAGGUGGGUCUGGAAAAGAAAAGGCAACGACGUAGGGAACAGCUGUACAGGAAGCAACAUCGCAAGAGCACCAAAGAGAAGCGCCCGCCGCCUCCUGGACGAGGUGCAGAGCGUAUGCGUGGAAUCGGCCUGCAGAUGGCCGCGCACAAAGGCAAAACAACCGCCUUCAAUCCCUUCUAUGUUCCGGCAACACCGGAUCAGGAGCACAUGCACGUGCUGUCCGUAUAG